AUUAUAAAAUUAAAUAUUAUUAUAAGGUUAAGAAAUUAUUUUACAAUACUCUUGGAAGCUGGCAAACGAAUUAUUUUUCAAAUGUCAGUAAUGUCAGUAAAGCUAGGUUGAGAUGUUGAUAGUAAUGAUAAAAUAAUGGAGUUAAAGGACCAAAGCUAUAUGUUGAUCAAUGAAGAAGUUUUUUAUACCAUUUACCAGACUGCAAUUAAAGCUAACUUAGCAUAUAUAUUGUUAUGUGAUGUUUAGUGUCGGACUACAAAGUUCCUCUAUCUGCAACGGCGUGGCUAAGUUAGGUGUCACGUCGUCAGGGCAUCUCGGGGCCCUGCGCAGCCCAACUAGCAGCUCAUCAAGUAUGUCGCCAUCUCAGGAUCCUUAUGCAUUCUUAGAUACUCCAUCACAAAGUCCAAGCUGCAUAUAUUCACCUUUGAAGCUUAGUAAUAGUGGAGAACAGUUCAAAAAUGGUCAUUUAAGGCUAACCAAUGGUGAUAUAGAUAAUAAAUAUAACAAACCUUUUUCAAAUAUUGUCAGUAACUUUCAAGAUGUUACAAAAGGAAAUAAUUUCGAUAAAAAUAACACAAGUGUAGUGUACCCCAUUAUUAAGACAAAUUCUGCAGAACAAUUAGUGAAUCAGAUAAAUCAAAGUGGUAAUUUUAGUGAUAUAGAUAUCAAAGUGGAACAAACUGAUGACUACGAAGUACUCAAAAAAAGUAUAAAAUCAGAAAUUGAUAGUGAUGUAAAGUACCUGAAUAAAUCUUAUAAUAAACCUAGUGUUCAUGAAAAUGUGAUAAGUUUCACGUCUCCUAAAAAACUGCCUUCUGGUAAACCACACCCUUCUGAGUAUCAGCAGCGCAGAACUAUUAAGCUGGAGAGGAGAGCACCUGGUUUACACGAAGCUCUGCAGCGGACGCGGAGUGUUAAUAAUGAUGAGGAAUGGCAUGCUCCAGGGGCAUAUGCUUUUGACUAUGAUUUAUGCACAAUUCAAAGACUGGAUCGGAGUAAUAAUACAGGUAGUAGCAAUGGAUUCAUGAGUUCUUGCUGGUUCCAAAAGACUUGGUUUAGUGCACACCUUCAACAGGCUUCUGGAGGUGUAGGAGAACGUAUACCUCGCGAUUUGCGUUUAUCACUCCGUCGCGCAUUGUUUCGAAGGCGGGCUGAACAAGAAACAACAGCCCUUCGAUGUGCUCUUCAAGAUACUUUAGAAAGGUACACAUCCACGACUGAUGCAACUGCUUGUGCUAGCGAAGUGGGUCUUAGCAUGGAAAGGAUUGUGGCGGAUGGUGCAGUUCGAGAAGCCAUGCUAGCUCUUCAAAAACUGGCUGCUAAGAGGAAAGAUGAUGUGCAUGAAAGAAUUGCUGGCGCUCGUUUAAUAGGCGGCCAGAAGUGCGCUGAGGACGGUGGCUCCUGCGACGCGCUUGCCUUGCCCUGCUCCGCUUAUUGUGCGCGACACGUGGCUCGUUGCAAUGAACAACAUCUUUUCCGUCACUGCACGGCGAAAUUUGCUGACAAUACUCAAUGUAGCGUACCAGUGUUUGAUGUUAAUCAUGAGUUACCGCUCUGUAGAGAACAUGCUCUCAAAAGGGAUAAUUAUAAUAAAAUGACAGCAGAGUCGAAACCCAAGAAAACACCGCGGAAGAGGCCUAAGCCUUCGGCUAUGAUUCGCCCUCAAAAAAGAAAUAAGAAGAAAAAACGACCGGUUGCAAAAUCACCGGAUUCUAUACCAGUUUUUGAAGAAACUAGUGAAUGCUUAACUGAUACAGCAGCUUGUGAAACCUCAUCUGCUUGCGAAAGUUCAGAAGAUGCUGGAGCAUUAUCUGAAAUGACAGAAGUUUUAAGUGAAUCUGAAUUACAAGGUCAAGAUCAAAUUGUAGAACAAGUUUUAUCAUUUGCUCCAGAAAUAGCCUCAAGACUUCUAGAAGAAACUGAUUUCACAACUGUGCUAAAUCAAAUUCCGCCUGAUGCAUUUAAUGACUUAUUUGCUGUUGAUGAACAAGAAGGCCAGUAUGAACCAAAUAUGGAAGAAGCAGCUGAGUUAGAAAGAGCGCUGGAAGCUGUUGAUGAAGAAGUAAAAUCUUUGGAGAAGUUGACCAGUGCUCACAACAUGCUUAUGGACGGUUUAUUAGAUGAUCGAUGUAUUGCUGAAACACUAGCCCAACUUGGUAUCGUAGAUGAAUUUCCGUGAAAAAAAAAUUAUUUUGGUGUGUUUGCAGUUAUUAUAUCCUAAUGAGAGCAAAUUUGAAGGUAUUGAACUUAUGAAAUACUGAUUA